AUGGCGCGGCAACCGCCUAGCAACGCUUCCGUCAUCUCACCAUCCGGCUUCUCCUACGUCCACGAGGGUGGGCCGACUUCCAUCUGGGACUUCGUUGCCGCUACGACAUCCCACCGACGCUCUCUUCAGUCGACGCCCCCUUCAAUGACUGCUCGGGAUCCGCAUAAUACAUACCUGAUGCCAGCCAGUCCAGCAAAAGGCCGUCGGGGUAGCGCUGACUACCGGCCCAGCAUUAAAAAGGCUCUCGGGAAUGUCCCCGCAUGCCUUGUAAACGCUUCCGUCACUUAUUGUGGAAAUGAUCAGAUCUAUGCCUUUGGGGGCUUCGACCAGUUCACUGACGAGGUGUAUAAUCAUGUUCUUCGGCUAAACCUGAAUACACUCACGUGGGAUCUGGUCGACAAUUAUGGAGACAUACCUGGUGUCCGUAUGGGACACACCGCUUCUCUCUAUCAAGGAACCAAGUUAAUCGUUUUCGGCGGAGAAAAUGAGCAUCGUGAAUAUUUGUCUGACAUAGUCAUCCUUGAUAUACCAACAUCGACAUGGACGCAACCAGAGGUUCGCGGCCCUCUUCCUCGCGGCCGAGCCCGCCAUGCAUCUGUCAUAUAUGAAGACAAAUUGUUCGUCAUUGGAGGAGUAACUGGAGAAAGCAAUUCGAUCCUGGAUGAUUUAUGUUAUCUCGAUCUCAAGACUUGGACCUGGUCUCGAACUUGGAGUUUCACUCCACGUUUUGACCAUACUGCUUGGGUCUGGGGAGGUCGGCUGUGGAUAUUUGGUGGCCUUGGCCCAGAUAUGGAGCGAACUACUGAUCUCUGGUGGCUUGACCUCAAGGGCAGCCCGUCAUUGGACAUACCCUUAUCCCACGGCAUCGAUGACACACAAGGAUCGUUGAAUCGUGUGACCCCUAGCCCUGGAGGUUUAGUUAGCUCGCCGCAGCAGCUAUCUGGUAGGUCAGGUGGAUACGCGGCCAAUUCAGCAAGUGUCCAAAUUCGGUCUUUCACCCGAAGGAAGCCAACGGCGCCGGGUGCGAUAUCGUCCCUUCGUUUUCACUCAGGACCACAUGUCCCGUCUUUGCUCUCUGGAACUCACUUUCACGUGUAUUCCUCUGGCGUUCUCUUGGAUUUGAUCACGCCAUCGGAAACAGUCAGACCCUAUGAUUGUAACCUAUCAUCACUCGAGUUGGAUUCCUUGAGAUGGCAGAGACUUGCUGACGGGCAAGAGGUGUUCCGACCGGGAUAUCGGUGGCAUUACUGCACCAUUAAUGAAGAUGGAACUAAGGCUUGGCUGCUUGGAUGCAACAUUGAAAACGCUACAACUGCCGGGGAUGACAAUCAAUUAAAUGAGGUUCUAUGUCUUGAUCUGGAGAAAUAUGGGCUACUUGGCAACGAUUUCUUUCCUGAAUCAUCCGAGCAGAACCGUAUUCUUGCAUCUGAGCGUCAAGGAUCACCCCAGCACGCAGGCCUCGGCGCUGAUCUGUUGGCCGUCUUUGAUCAGCCCCCAGAAACGGGCAGCGGUACUGACUUUAUCAUAACUGCCGACUGUGACGAUCAGACUAUGGAAGAUGAGACAAGCCAAAUCAGUUCACCCGGCCCCAUGCAGACUCAGUCAGAUCCUGCAUUUCUGUCACCUACAGCGAAGACCUCCGCUCCCAUACACGUCCAUCGCAUAAUUUUACAGGCCAGAUGGCCUCAUUUCAAGCGUCUCUAUUCUGCACAAAUGGCCGAAUUCCAUACCAAACGGAUGCACAUACCCGAACCCUACUCCGUAGUCCGAGCGUUUCUAUAUUACUUGUAUAGCGACAGUAUAUUAGAUCAUCCGGACUUCUGCGCAAGCAUAUUUGAUGUUGCCGGUAUGCUCGUUAUGGCUAACCUAUACGACAUGCCCAAGCUACGUUUGCUCUGCGUUCACCGACUCAGUCGUGAACUCGACGUCGAGAAUGCGGCUAUUAUUUGGGAAAGAGCAGGCCGGACGAACGAGGAUUGGCUUCGGCGUCGUGCAGCACAAUUCUGUCUUGCACAUUGGGGUCGAAUCGUUCGGACAGCUGGCUUCAAGUCGCUCAACCGUCAGAGCCUCAUUGAGCUUUGCGAGGUGGUCGACACGGAAGGUAGGAUUGUCGCUGGACCGGAAUUAGAAAUCGUCAGAGCUCUUGGUUCCGGGCCGUUGGUGUCUAAGCGACCUCGGCUUACUGGAUCUUCGUUGGUGGAAGAUAUGGAUGAGCUUGAGGGGGAGGAGGAAGACGGUAUGGAGCUAUGA